AUGAAGCUUGCAAUCUUUAGCGCCAAGGGCUACGACAAGAAGUACUUCAAUCAGGUCCAGGCCGCGCAUGACAAUCUUUCCAGCAUCGAACUAUCCUUCAUCGAAUUCCCUCUAUCACCAGAUACAGUUCAGCUUGCCAAAGAUGCUGAAGCAGUCUGUGCCUUCGUCAAUGACAACCUAUCCCGCCCUGUCUUGGAGGCUUUAUCGGAUCUCGGAGUGAAGGCAAUCCUCCUGCGCUGCGCAGGCUUCAACAAUGUCGACAUGGACUGCGCCAGUCAGCUCGGCUUGUCGGUCGCAAACGUACCAUCAUACUCUCCCGAGGCAGUAGGCGAGUUCGCUGUUGCGCUUCUCCAGACAGUGAACCGCAAGACCCACCGGGCAUACAACCGCGUUCGCGAGGGCAACUUCAACCUCGAUGGUCUGUUGGGCCGCACACUGCACGGCAAGACAGUUGGAGUCGUGGGCACCGGUCGCAUCGGCAUCGCCUUUGCGCGCAUCAUGGUCGGUUUCGGCUGCAAGCUGCUUGCGUAUGAUGUUUACCAGAAUGAGGAAAUCGGGAAGCUCGGUGGCUCGUAUGAGUCGCUCGAUGAAGUCCUCUCCAAAUCGGACUUUGUGUCCCUGCACUGCCCGCUUAUGGACGCAACACGACACCUGAUCAACAGCACGACACUCGCCAAGAUGAAACCAGACGCGAUUCUGAUCAACACGUCGCGAGGAGGCCUGAUCGAUACCAAAGCGGUUAUUAAGGCCCUCAAGUCCAGGGAGCUGGGCGGUCUUGCGCUGGACGUGUACGAGGGCGAGGGCGCUCUCUUUUACAACGACCAUUCGGCCGACAUCAUUCAGGACGACCAGCUGAUGCGACUCAUGACGUUCCCCAAUGUGGUUGUGUGUGGCCACCAGGCCUUCUUUACCGAGGAGGCACUGACCGAGAUUGCCGAAUGCACGUUUAGGAACCUCGUUGACUUGGCCAAUGGCCGAGAGUGCAAGAACUCGCUCGUGGCGGCUAAGAAGCCGUUUUCGAGGAGGGAGAGCAUCCCUCACCGAAUCUGA